AAGAAAGAUAAAUUGUCUAAAGAGGGACCAAGGUUGUUGGUGUGCGGUGAGGGUCUUGCAAGGCUGGCGGUUGAAGGUGGGUCGCAGGGUUCGUGGAGCAGACGCGUCCUUGUGUCCUUUUGUAUUUCCCCUUCCCCCUCCCUGUGUGUUCCCCCUGUGUGUCACUGACCCCGCAACCCCACCCCAUCUGAUCCCCUGCGCCGUGUCACCACUCCGACCCGAAUCCGCCCUCUCAACCCAUGCUUGGGACAAAGCCAGCUCACUGCCAGCCCAAUGACUGCCUGGAUCGUCCUGCCGGUCAGCCUGUCUGCCUUUUCCAUCACAGGAAUAUGGAUAGUGUACGCCAUGGCCGUAAUGAAUCACCACGUUUGUCCUGUGGAGAACUGGUCCUACAAUGUAACGUGCACAGAGGAGUUGCUCCGGCCAGGCUUCCCCAAGACCUGUUGCACCAUCCAGGACAUCCCCCUCAUCAGUAAAUGUGGUUCUUAUCCCCCCGAAAGCUGCCUGUUUAGCCUCAUCGGCAACGUUGGAGCCUUCAUGGUGGUGAUGGUGUGCCUUCUGCGCUACGCCCAGGUGAUAGAACACAGCCACAGAUGUUGGGUCAACACCAGCGCUCUGGUGUCGGGCUGUACCAACGCGGUGGGUCUGGUCAUGGUGGGCAACUUCCAGGUUGACCACGCCAAGUCUCUCCACUAUGUGGGCGCCGGCGUGGCCUUUCCAGCGGGGCUGCUCUUCGUGUGCUUGCAGUGCGUGCUCACCUAUCGGGUGGCCGUCACUGCCCUUGACUACUGGAUGGCCCACUUCCGCGUGGCUCUGGCGCUCGGAGCCAUGGUCUCCCUGGUACUCAGCGGCAUCUUCUUCGUGCACGAGAGCUUCACGCUCCAGCACGCCGCAGCCAUCUGCGAGUGGGUCUUCACCGUGGACAUCCUGGUCUUCUACGGCACCUUCACCUACGAGUUCGGGACGGUCACCGGCGAGACCAUGAUGGCCGGCCUGCAGCAGUGUCUCCGCCAUGGCUCGGGGGUAAUCUUGGGCCCCGGGGCCCGGGACUCCACGCUGAGCGGGGCGACCAAGAGUCUCAAGUCCCCCGGAGGGAGCAGCACGUCUACACACCUCAACUGUACCCCCGAGAGUAUAGCCAUGUUGUAGCUCUACGCGGAGGAGCUCCGCGGUUGCCUGCCACAUGGAACGAUGACCGAGGUAGCAUGCCAAGAGAGAGACUCGUUCUGUUUUAUAACAAAUUCAACCAACACCCCUCUGUAUUUGCUGUCAUAUCUUUUUUUUUCCCCCCUCCCAACAAGGUGCUUGAUUGGCGAGCAGCUGCAGUCUGCUGUCCUUGUGCAGUGUUACAGGAAUUUAAGGAAGUCAUACGAAAAGUGAAUCACUGCACACCCCGUGACCAACAAGUGCCCCAACUGGCAGGUUUUGUGAGUUAAAAUAUGGCCUGUGAAGUGACAAAGAGAGACACACAAUCACGCUGCGCUUUCAUCCAUUUACUGAACACGACAAACUGUCUGACUAACUUGCCAUGAUGUCACUCACUAGGACGCAUUUCUUACUUUGGCUCAUUCUAGCAUCCAGUCAUUACACUAUUCCAAUAUUGUAAAGUGAGUUACCACGUGGGUACUCACUGCACCCUAUACCUGUGGUCCCCAACCACCGGGCUGCGGACCGGUACCGUGCCACAGGCCACCCUAGACCAGGUUGCGGCGGGCCGCGCAGAUGUAAGAACCUUUCACUACUUCCAGUUUAUUUAUCAUCCAAGGCUGAAAAAUAUUUUAUUUUGAAAGGUAAACAGAUUCUCUCGGUUACAUCCUUCUGUGAGGGACUCUUUGUCGCAUGUCAAGAUGCUCAAUGUCUUGGUUGCGUAACGCUAAAAUUAAACACGAUUGUGAAAAUGAGUACAAAAAAUGAAGACCACACCCAAAGCCCGUUCUGCACAAUAAUAUUUUUUGAUUUAGAAUUUUGGUGCAUUUUCAUGCACUUAAUGUUAUGUGGUGCCUUUCAGCAGGACACUGCUAAUAUAGUUACAUAAAAAUGUGGCUUAAUGUUUGUUGUUAUAUGUACGAAAUAUCCCCGCCCCUUUUUUUAUUGUAUUUUAUUUGAGUUUUUCUUGUGUCAUUCAUACACCUUAUAUUUGUUCUGUAGUGUCACUUGCAUGUUUGAGUUACCAUAGUGACCAUGUUAAAGCGUUGAUUUUAUCCAUGUGAUUGCAUUGGUGCUUCUAGUAAAGGUGCCGUACAUAAAAAUCCACACAUCGCAUUCACGUUUGUUGCCCCCGACCCCGCCCCACGGUUGAACUUCCACAAUCAUUAUGAACUUGUAUGAACCGGUCCGCAGCAAAAAAAAAUAAAAAUAGGUUGGGGACCACUGCCUGAAAAAAAUGUCCUCAAGUUCAGCUGUAAAACAAAAUGGGGAACGUGCACCACGGAAAGAUCUCAAAUUGGAUUUAGUUCAGUUUGUUUGAGAAUAAUGACUUCCGCCACCCCAAAAAGGCCUUUCACUCUUUGAUGACCAAUUCAGUGCAUAACUUUUUGUAUGGCGUCUUACUAAAUUCGGCUUGCGUAUUCAUGCUGUCGGACUGUGUCAAGGUUGUUUAAUCACUGAAUGUCUUCAGGAUGGUUGCUGAUAUGAUGUUUUCACUUUUAGAUUUGUCUUAAUGAAAUGUGCGUGUCUAUUAGCAGGAGGAUGCAUGACUUGAAGCAGCUUUUUUCAAAGCUGGUGAAAGGUUGAAUCAUGGACCUUGAACCCUUUUGGAUGGAAUUGGGACAACAUUCCACUGGUGUUUGGAUUGUUUACCUCGAAGGUGUUUUGAUCCAUAGUUGGACAACUGGGUUGCCUUGAUUUGAGGAGUUUUUUUUUGUUUGCUUUUUGUUUUUAAAUCGUUUUUGAAAGUUUCCCCACUUCAUGGAUUUCUGCACAAAUCAGAGCAUCCAAUCAAUGUUUGUGUCGUACAAACAAUUCUGAAUGUUGACGACAGUUAACGGCCUUGUUUUAGUCUCAAGCUUUAUUGAUGGCACAUCCAGAAUUAAUUAACUGGAUCAUAGUUUCUCAUCCGAACACUCUGAAUUUGAAGCCUUUUUUGUAACGUUGACCAUUGAUCAGCUCGGCUGCCCUUGUGAGCAGAUGGAACCAUGAUGGCCCAUUAGCUGCAUGAUUGUUUCAUUCUACAUUCAGGACACGCUCACACUCGUCCAUAUGAAUCGUGAUUGAGCCUACGUGGUUUUAGCAUUGGACUAAUCUCGGAAUGAAUAUAGAAUGAGCGUGAGUGCAAGGCGUGUUUCAAUCCACCGGUGACUCAAACGGGACAAUUCAAACCGAUAAAAUACCAGAAAAAGUCAGCACGUUCUCGACAAUUAUACACUUGGCCCAUGCUUACGGAGUUUCACACCUUUGAAUAUUUCCAUCGCGGGUUGCUUUCAUUUCCUACUGUACCGUGUUCUGAUGGCAGUUGGACAGUUAGGGGAUCUGAUUCAAAUGAACCGGAUCGUUAUCUGGCUUCCGCAGAGCUUGCGGAUGAGCUGAUCAUUUGAAUCAGAUGUGUUGGAGGAGAAAAACAUCCAAAACAUGCAGGACCGGGGCCCUCGAGGAUCGGAGUUGGUGACUCUUGCUUUACAGCCAUUUGAAUGAAAUUGCGCCAGACUUCACUCGUGUUUGUUCUCUUUAAUCCCAAUCCUAUCUGUCGACAAACAAAUAGUUGUACUGUUGAUUUCUUUGAUUUUUGUCAAGCAACAACGAUAUUGCACAGCCAACUGACCCUUAAAACUCAUUCACUCCCAAAGACAUUUUUAAACGUCUUUUCAGACUUGGUCCAGAAUUGGCUGGUACUGAAUGAGUUUUAAAAUGAGAAAAUACUCACUGCGUCUGUUAUGACUUCUUGCCAUCUGAAAACGACGACUGCGGUAAAGCUUCUCCAGUCACCUGCAAGUUUUGACCCGUUUUCAGUUUGAGCUCGGCUGCACCUUGUUGCCCCUCUUUAGUUUGAUGGCUCCAUUGUGAACAUAUGAUUGACAGACUCGGAGUACUCUGCUCAAAGCCAUCGGUUGUCCAGUUCAUUCUUGUUUCUUGAACGCUGGGGAUCAAGAUAAAGGGGCGUGCUUCAGUCGUGUCUUGCGACUCUUGCCAAUUUUGGUUGUUUUCUGAUGUUUUUAAAAAGUACACAAAUUUGUGAAUAAACAGAUUUAGCCUUAUCCCUCAUGAAGGGAACACAUUUCCUUUGUUUGGGUCUUUGCGUUGAGCCUUAGCCAUGUUCACUAUUUUGAAACCAAAUUCACAAGGUGUGACUUUGACAGGCAGCUUGUAUGAUCCAUCAGAGUAAUGUUGGAUUUAUUAUUCUGUGUCAGCAUCAAUACAAUAUGCCAUGUGCACAUAUUCAACACUGGAUUUUAACUUUUUUUUUCGGGAGCGGGGGCAGAAAAUGUACACAAAAGUCCCUUUUUUUUUUUUAAAUUUUAUUUUUUUGACAUGGCAUGGGCUCCAGCUCAGCUGUAACCCGAGUGAGCAUAAGCAACAUACAAAAUAAAUGGCUGCCGUGAACUAUCACGGACACAAAAUGAAGUGAUCACUUCAUUUUGACUCGUGUCAAAUGAGAUCCCCCCCAAAUGCACACUUUUUAAAAAUUGUGUAAAUAUGUAUGCUAUGUCUAUCAUUUA